AUGAUCAACAACAUUCUCACUCAUUUCAUCGACAAGGAAGAUUCAAAUCUGCGGUGGUACGCUGGAAUAUCAACCACAUCUAUGCCCUUACCUUAUGCAAAUCUUGAGUCUAUAGCGCGCGACACGGUUAACGCGAGGUUGGGGCCGAACAAAAGGAUAGAAGAUCUGGCUAUUUACAUCGCCUGGGAUUCUGGCGAGGGGAAUACAGAUCUCUCGGACCUUCAGGAGCCCCAGCGGAGUGAGGCUAUUCAGGUCCUCAGAGAGCGUGGUGGACGUGGGUAUCUUGAAGUUGUCUUUCGGGAUGUUGCAAAUUACGAUCGUUCGUCAAAACUUGGUUAUCCGGAUCUCUCGGGCUAUAACAGAGACGGUACGAAAAAGAAUCAAUGGGGCAGUAGCUGGGGCUACUAG